AUGACUGACUCUCCAGGGUCGAACAGCUACGACGCUCUCGAGGAAAAGCUCGGUCGCCUGGCCAAAAAACCAGGCGUCCGAGCCAGCAUCAUUCUCGACAGGAUAAGCGGAGCAGUUUUGAAAACCAACGGCGACUUGUCGGCGCUUUGCACUGCAAAAGCUCGCGAUGCCGCAACAGCCGCGUCAUUCUCCAACGAAGCUCCGAUUGCCGAGGCGAGCGAAUCCAAAGGGGUGCAGGACUUUUCCGCCUUGAUAUGGACCUAUGUCAACAUGUCGGGUCAUUUGGUGCAAGAGGCGGAUAAGGAGGAUGAACUGCGUCUGCUACGAUUGCGAACGAAGAAGCACGAGAUUGUCAUCGUGCCUGACGCAAAAUACAUUCUUACUGUGGUGCACGAUACGCCACCAGCUUAG